CCCACCCCGCCCCUCCCGGGGCCCCGCCCGCCCGUACGGCGGCGGCGGCGGCGGCGGCGGCGGCCGGCGGGGAUGGGGCGAUGGCGCGGGCGGGCGGCGGGGCCCCGCGGGAGCUGUCCCUGGAGGAGGUGCUGAAGUGUUACGAGCAGCCGCUGAACGAGGAGCAGGCCUGGGCCCUCUGCUUCCAGGGCUGCCGCGCCGCCGCCGCCGCCGCCGCCCCCGCCGCCCCCCCGCUCCGCACCGCCGACAUUCGCCUCCGCGGUGACGGUAGCGUCGUUCUUCCCGCACCUCCGCCCGAGCUGCCCCCGCUGCUGACGCCCUCCGCCGAAGCCCAGAUGGUGCAGUCAUUGGGCUUCGCCAUCUACCGGGCGCUGGACUGGGGGCUGGAUGAGAACGAGGAGCGGGAGCUGAGCCCGCGGCUGGAGCAACUCAUCGACCUGAUGACCAACAGCGACUCGGAGGACAGCGGCUGCGGCACGGCCGACGAGGGCUAUGGGGGGCAGGAGGAGGAGGAGGAGGGGGGCGAGGGGCCGCCGCGCGCCGUGCGCACCUUCGGCCAGGCCAUGCGGUGCUGCGCCGCCCGCCUGGCCGACCCCGCUGAGGCCCAGGCGCACUACCAGGCCGUCUGCCGGGCGCUCUUCGCCGAGACCGUGGAGCUGAAAGCCUUCCUCGCCAAGAUCCGGGAUGCCAAGGAGAUGCUGCAGAAGCUGAAGGAGGACGAGGAGGCGGAGGAGCGGCCGGCGGCGGAGCUGGGCAACCUGCGCAACACCGACUGGGCCCGGCUGUGGGUGCAGCUGAUGCGGGAGCUGCGGCACGGCGUGAAGCUGAAGAAGGUGCAGGAGAAGCAGUUCAACCCCCUCCCCACCGAGUACCAGCUCACCCCCUUCGAGAUGCUCAUGCAGGACAUCCGCGCCCGCAACUACAAACUCCGCAAGGUCAUGGUGGACGGAGACAUCCCCCCCCGAGUGAAGAAGGACGCCCACGAGCUCAUCCUCGAUUUUAUCCGCUCCCGGCCCCCGCUGAAGCAGGCGUCGGAGCGGCGGCUGCGGCCCCUGCCCCAGAAGCAGAGGACGCUCCACGAGAAGAUCCUAGAGGAGAUCAGGCAGGAGAGGAAGCUUCGGCCCGUGGAGGCGGCGUACCGUGGCCAGAAAGGCUACAGCUCCCUGCCCUGCAUCCCCCACGCCUGCUCCGGCCGCCUGGCCUCCAGCUCCUGCCUUGAGCUCUGCCGGCCGCCGGCAAGCACCGCGCCGGCACGUCCACGGCCCCGUGUCCUGCUCAAGGCGCCCACCCUGGCCGAGAUGGAGGAGAUGAACAUCUCUGAGGAGGAGGAUUCUCCGGGCACGGAGGUGCCGCUGAAGCGGGACCGCUCCUUCUCUGAGCAGGACCUGGCACAGCUGCAGAGCCAGCUCGGGGGCGGCCAGGCUGCGCCCCAGGAUCCGGAGCCGCUGCAGCCCGAGCCCCGGCCCCGCUCAGGCUCCGUCCCCGCCAGCUGCCACCCGCUGCCAGAUGGCUCAGCACCGCCCCGGGCUGCCCUCGGCGCCGUGGAGGAGAGGCCAGAGGAUGGAUCCGGCGCUGCCCCCGGCACCAGCUCCAAGCACCUCUGGCUUGAUGCUGUGUGCCCAUGCCGGGAGGCUCUGCCCGUGGCACAGGGAUGCUCUGGGCCAUGCUUCGUCCCCCUUCGCCAGCAGGAGUUCAGCCACCCUGUGGAGAGCCUGGCCCUCACCGUGGAGGAGAUGAUCAACGUGCGCAGGGUGCUGGUCAAGGCUGAGAUGGAGAAGUUCCUGCAGAGCAAGGAGCUGUACAGCAGUCUGCGGAAGGGGAAGGUCUGCUGCUGCUGCAGGGCCAAGUUCCCCCUCUUCUCGUGGCCUGCGGCGUGCCUCUUCUGCAAGCGGUCUGUCUGCAGCUCCUGCAGCCUGAAGAUGAAGAUGCCUUCCAAGAAGCUGGCUCACAUCCCUGUCUACGCGCUGGGCUUCGAGAGCCUCCCGGGCUCGCUGCUGGCCAAAGCCCUGCCGCUGCGGAGGAGAGAGACCUUCCACUCGCUCCCGGGCACGUGCUGGCGCCGGGUGGAAGAGGAGUUCCCCCACAUCUACGCCCAGGGCUCCGUCCUGCGCGACGUCUGCAGCGACUGCGCCGGCUUCGUCACCGACGUCAUCUGCUCCAGCCGCCGCAGCGUGGCCGUCCUCAACGCCGCGCCGCGCCGCGCCGUCAAGGCCCGUUCCCUCUACGGCGACUCCUGGCACAAGUGAGGGACCCGGCGUGAGGGUGCCGGCCGCCCCAGCGCAGACCCCGCUAGCGGCCACCCGGAUGUACAUAUAUACAUAGGAUGUAUACAUACAGCCUCUAUAUUUAUAUAUCUUACGGACCAGGGGGAGGCGAGGACCGGCAGCACAGCGGGGCGCCUGCCAUCCCCGCCAUCCCCGCCACCGGUGGGACGCUGGCACAGCCCCUGGGGGGGACGGAUCCUGCUGCGGGGGUGCCCGCAGCCGCCAGCCUUCGCCCCCCCCCCCCCCCAAAUCCCCCAGCCCCGCUUCUGUGCCAAGCCCUGGCUGCGCCGGGCAGGUGCCAGGCCACGCCGGGGUGCCCAGCGCCGCGGGCUGGCACGGCCGCUCUGUACAUCCUCACCCCGGUGAAUAAACCCGCUGGGCUGCCCCCGGG